AUGAAAUCACGGGUAUCCCCCUUGGCCUCCUUCUUUCUGACUAAAAACAUUCAUAUCGAAACAUUGAUAUCUCAGAUUCGGGAGUUCAGUGUGCAGAUGACAGAGUUUGCGUCGGACGAUCCACUGAAGUGGAAUGUGUAUAUGCCUUCCUUGCGCUCGGCCACUCUGAUUAACUUCUAUCAAACCAACAACUUGGGAUCGCUUGCUCUCGUUGCGCUUCAAACGGUGGACUACCUCACCCUGGAGUUCUGCUCGGGUGCAGGGAAUUUUGUUUUUGGCUCCAACGCGACAGUCGUAGGCGGUGAAGACACUUUCGUCAUACAAGCGCGGGCUGAGCGUAGUGGAAUUAUUAUUGGUCAGUCGUACUCGGUCAGGAUCACCAUGAAUAGAGGCAUGGAGGAG